AUGUGUAUGCGUAUUCAACCGCCAAUUGUUUGCCGAAGUCAAUGCCAAGCGCACGAGCCAUUUCGCCUGAAUCUAGCAGAAAGGACAGGGUCACUACGUGAAGGGAACACUCAGCCCAUACGGUACGAAUGGACCAGUCAUAACAAAUUCAUCGGGCCGGCCUAG